CCGAAAAAAACUCAAGAAUUGUGUUUUUUCAGCUCAUUUUAAAUGAGUAGUUUCAACAAACAGUAAAUGUAAUGUUUUUUGAGUGCAGACACUGAAAAUGAAAAUAGAAAUGUCUUUAACGUUCUUACACCAGCUUGGAUUUUGUAGUGAAAGCAAUUGUGACACUCUUGUUUCUCUGAAAUGGAACACAAUUAAACCAAGGGACUUUUGAUAGAACAGUCAUGAAGCAGAUUUUAGAAUUUAACUCAAUAUUAAUGAAAUGUGCAGUACUGUACUGUACUCUGCCUUUGUUUUGAUGGGUCUUGCUCUAAAAAGAAAUCAUCUAAAUGACAGUAUUCAGUACACUGUAAAACCCAACAGUCAACUUUAUCAAAUGAACUGAGUGUAGUUAACUCAAAAUUGACUGAAGGUUAAUUCUACUCAUUUGAGAUUUGAACUUAGUGUUAAAGGUAAUAAGUUAAUUAAAUACCUUCAACUUAAAUGGAGUAAGUUCACAGUACUCAAAUAGAUACAUUUUUUAAACUCAAAUGGUUUGUAGCAAUCGGUUUCCUCAAACCGUUUGAGUUGCCUUAACUCAUUGGGUUUUACAGUACUCAGUUGGUUUGAGUUCUCUCUGGGUUUAACUGUGCUCAAAUUGCUUCGUUUACUCAAAUGGAGUAAGUUCACAGUACUCAUUAGGAGUAGUUUUUGAACUUAAAUGGUUUGCUGCAAUCGGUUUCUGCAAAUUGUUUGAGUUACCUUAAAUUUUUGUGUUUUAGUGUGGUUAUCAGACUAUUAUAAACUAAAAAAAAUACUCCUUUUACUUAAACUCAUAGCUAAUAAAGAGAGAAAUUCACUUAAUGUUUCUCUGACUUUUUCCCAUAUUGGUAUACAUGUAUCUAUCUGUAAAUAAUCCGAUUUUAAAAUACACGAAGGGCAGAUGUGACUCCAGAUGUGUUUGUUUCUACACAUUUAGCAUUAAUAUGAUAGAUGAAUUGUUUGUUAGAGAAGAUGAGUGUGUUAAUGAGGCUGGUGGUCAUAAGUGGGCUGGACAUGCUUAGGUCAAGUGAAGUAUGAAACAUGCAGAACAUGUACUGUGUGAUUUCUUCAUUCCUCUCUGUCAGACGUCGCUUUUUGAAGGAACAAUUCACCACAACAACCGAGUGUACAGAUGACAUGAUGCAUGAAGAUUUAUCAUAUGAGGUCUUCAAUUUCAGUUAUGAUUAUUAUCAUAUGACCUCCGAUGACCAUUUGAUAGUGUUAGAGGAGGAGAACUCUCUGUUUGGAAAGAUCAACGCCAUUUGCUACAGUCUCAUCGUCUGCAUAGGUUUACCAGGAAAUCUCUUUUUGCUUUGGCUGGUCUUGAAGAAAGUGGGAUUGAGCAGCUCUGCGGAUUGUUUGCUGCUUCAUCUGACCAUCUCUGAUCUUGUUUUCACUCUCACACUGAUCCCCUGGACGGUCUAUCACAUCCAGGGCUGGAUUUUUGGGUUUGCGGCCUGUAGGCUGUUCAGUUGGUUCAUCUUUUUGGGCCUUUACAGCUACAUGCUGUUCCUCACAGUCAUGACUGUUCAUCGAUACAUUGCAGUCCAGCAUCCGGUGUUUGCUUCAUCCGUGGGGAAUCGCGGGAGACGCUAUGCACACGUCUCAUCUGCUGUGGUCUGGAUGAUCUCCUUGGGUUUCAGUCUGCCAGAAAUGAUCUUUAGUGAAACUCUGGACAGAUAUGAUGGAGUUCAUUGUAUUUCCUAUUUUAGGUCAGAGUUUUGGAUUUUGUUUGGGUAUUUCAGUCAGAUAAUCCUCUUUUUUUUGCUACCAUUCCUGGUAAUAGCGCUCUGCUACGCUCGCAUGGGUUUUACCAUCCAUCAUCGUCGCAUCCGAAGCAGAAACCGACAUCAUGCCGUAUGCCUCAUCCUGAGCAUCGUCAUUGGAUUCUUCAUCUGCUGGGCGCCAUAUAACAUCUUCCUCUUCAUUCACUCCUUGGAGUUUUUAGGUGUAGUUGAAUUGAGGCAGACACUAUCAGAGACUGUCUAUUGCGUCACUCAUAUUUUGGCGUAUUUCCAUUGCUGUCUGAAUCCACUCGUACACAUCUUUGGAGGGAAGAAGUUCAGGAAUUUCCUGCCCUGGUCCACACGUGUCCGGUGGCCCCCGCAGAGGUUCAGCAAUGAAAUGUUUAGCAGCCGGAGCAGCUUUUCGGGACAAUUUCGUCUCUGAUCACGUCACAAGAAAAUUUGUAAACACUUACUACUGUUGGGUUGACGCAAGUUGGGCCUAUCAAAGGGCCAAGCACACUUGUAAAAAUUAAAUGAUUGAAAAGUCAUGCCAACAUACAGUUGAAGACAAAAUUAUUAGCCCUCCUGUGAAAUUUUCAUUCUUUUAUAUCUUUUUGCAAAAUGUAAAAAAAAAGUCUCUGGUGUCCGUCCCCAUAAGGUGUUGAUGAAGUUUCCGCACAAAACACCACACACAUAAUGCUUAUAACUCUGUGAAACUGCCCUUUUUAGGCUUUGAUCCUACCCAGCAGGUACAGGACAUCAAUACUACAUCAGAAUGACCUUGUACCCAAACGUCAUACACUCUCAGAAAUAAAGGCACAGGAGCUGU